GCAAACAGUCACGAAGUGUUACCUUUCAAACUUCCUCAAUACUUUCGAGUUAGCGACAACUGAUUGAAGUCACCAUAAGAAGACAGUAACCACGACCCUGCUACUUGUUGAAUACAAAAUGGUUACGAUGCCUGGGUUCUCGUUUGUUCUACUUUACCUGAUCCAAGUCACAAUCCUCACUUACCAAACCCAAGCAAACGUGAUCAGUAGAUGCAAAGAUCGUGCGAACUGUUGUAAAACCUAUGACAAUGCCUACACUUCUUUAGCAUCACCGCAAAAUUACCAUAAUAUUGCACUUGCGUUGUACCCUUCGAGACAUCCCUCAUCUGUUCUUGUCCAAGUCAACUUGUUCUCAACGAACCAGUCUGACUAUCAUACCGAAGGAGCUUCGCCCGUGCAGUAUACAUGGAGUAUGUCAUGUCUAUACGCUGCCAUCCCUGCUUGGGUUCUUGAAUUCCUAUCCCUUGGCGCCAUUCUUAUCACACCGCGUACACGGGACCUGGACAUCACAAUUUCACCAUUCUGUUGUAAUGUGUCGGAGGAGGAGCGAAUUGUGAUCAUCGAGAGAGUUUUGUCAGAGCUUCAAGACUUAGCCGUGAGUCCACAAAUCCAAAAUCCAACUCUAAACACCGCCGAAUGCGUUUCAAAAGGUCACACAACGGACGUAUCCUCUGUAACAGGACGUGAAUUUUACAUCAGAAUGAUGCUGUGGAGCUCAUUUGGUUUUUCCUUUUCCUUUGGGCCAUUGUUGGCCCUUAUUACACUAAUAUGUGGUGACUGUGCCAAAAACCACGUAAAAACACCAGAAAAUGAGAAGAAACGAAACCUAAAAAAUGCUGUUAAGUAUACAAUCUUCUUUUUAGUGUUUGUACAGCUGGGACUUUUUAUUUAUGUCCUUGUGCUUUCGAUUAUAUUACAAGGUCCAUGGGAUAUUAUUCUUAUCCUCGGGAUGAUAAUUUUUGAAGCUUUGAUAGUACCGUUCAUAGCAGUAAGGAGUUUUGAUUUCUUGGUUGAAAAAUCAAUAGGCGAAAAAUCGUUUAUAUUCAUGUGGGGAAAUCUUUCAGCGUUUCAAUGUUGCUGGGUGGUUGUUGGAAUAAUGAUCAACACAGUAUGGGGUUUCACUGUCGUACUCGUCAUUUCUGUCAUUCUUUCUUCCAUUGUGUUUGCAAUUUAUAACUUUCUUCAGGCAAGGGCACGUUCUGGGGCUGAUAAUGUCAAAUUUAUGUUCAUCUGCGCUAUUUCUUUGUUUUCCGUUCUGUCGCUUGUAGCUGUAGUAAUUUUAUCAGGGCAGGCCUUUUUUGGCAGAGACUCGGCAAAUGAAUUACUGAAAACAGCUCUAGUGUACGUCAUCACUGCUUUCGUUUCCUGGAUUGUCAGUAAAGUUAAAACGGUGGAUACAGAGCAAGGAAAAGAAAAGACGGAGAAAAGUUGUAAGAGACAAGAAGCUGAGGGUCAAAAGUUCGAUAUUCUUCUAGAAGAAUUACCAGAGUGAGUUGGGAUCCCUCUAUAGCUAGCUUGUUUGAUAUCAUGAUUCAACGCUAUCAAUUCUCAGGAGGGAACAAAAUGAAAUUUCUACUAAGUAUGGCGAUACCAAUCUUUCAUCCUAAAAGAAAGAAAAAAAUAUAAACUGGAAUACAAUGUUUGUAGUAACACUUACUUUGCGGUGAAAAGUACUGUCUUGUGGAAUAGUCUCUGGGUCGAUCUUGAAGGCGAAUAAAAUCGCAUUCGCUUAUCCAUCGAGAGCUGAAAGUAAAUUUAGAUCCCAGCCUCGUUUCGAAAAGCCCUGUUUUUUUUUAAACGAAUGCCACAGUCAACUGUACGAACAACCUCACGUUGAUCAGGAGGUCUUUCUCUAUUAGAAUCAAAUGUCAGACCUUUUCUGUGGCGAUGGUUGAGCGAAACAUUUUUUCAGUACUUGGUCCUUGACUAUUAUAACAGACUGAGGACAGAAGUUUAGUCUGUUCGUGAUUGUUUUGCGGUUCAAAGUAUUUGCUGUAAGUCGGGUAGUUUUGGAAAAUAUGGAAUGGCGGAAUUCGGAACCGGAACCGGAAU